AUGUAUUUAAUUGUUUUACAAGUCUUUGUUGUGCUGGGCUACUAUUUCGAACACCUGGGUUUGAUGAUUAGCCUUGAGGAUCGAGGACUUCUUGAAAACGGCGAGUACUUCGUGGUCGGUGUAGACAUUGAACAAUACGAUAAUGAGGACCCAAGAAGAUACCUUAAAGGUUAUUCAAAAUUAAGAGAGGACGUUUCCAUGGCUUCCGUUCCAGCAGAAGGAGCAUAUUUAUACGACGCUGUUUACGUAUACGCUCGAGCACUCAAUGACUGUUUAGCUGAUGGCCAGGACCCUUUUGAUGGGAAGCUCAUUUUCGACUACAUGAAGCGCAGAACGUAUCAAAGUGCAAUGGGUUACAUCGUCUAUAUGGAUGAAAACGGAGACGCUGAAGGAAAUUACACCGUAAUCGCUAGGAAACCAAUACCCGGUGUUCCAGGAGAAUACGGUGUUUUUCGUGUUGGAGUGUUCAUGCUUCCAGAAAAUAGCAGUGGUAUCCCGGUGCUCCACCUGGAGGACACAGUGGACUGGGUAGGUGAUGGACCACCAAAAGACGGACCUGAGUGCGGAUUCCAAAAUGAAAAGUGUGUUA